UGACAGGCAAACUUUUGACUUAUUCAAUUUCUUUAUCCCUCAAAUAGGAGUAUGGAAGACAAUCAGACAAUGGUAACAGAAUUCAUUCUUCUGGGAUUCGUUCUUGGUCCAAAGAUGAAGAUGUUUCUCUUUGGGCUUUUCUCCCUCUUCUACACUCUUACCCUUUUGGGGAAUGCAGUGAUUUUGGGCCUCAUCUGUCUGGACUCUAGACUACAUAGUCCCAUGUAUUUCUUCCUCUCACAUUUGGCCAUCGUUGAUAUCUCCUAUGCCUCAAAUACAGUUCCGCCAUUGUUGGGAAAUCACCUGGAUCCAGUCAAACCAAUCUCCUUUGCAGGAUGUUUGACACAGACUUUUUUCUUUCUAACUUUUGCUCUCACAGAAUGUCUUCUCCUCUUGGUAAUGAGUUAUGAUCGGUAUGUUGCAAUCUGCCACCCUCUCAGAUACUCUGUCAUAAUGAAUUGGAAAGUAUGUACUGCACUAGCUAUCACACCAUGGGGAAGUGCUGCUUUCUUGGCUCUAGUCAAUGUGAUUCUCAUCUUGAGAGUGCCCUUCUGUGGGAACCUGGAAGUGAACCACUUUUUCUGUGAACUGCUGUCUAUACUCAGAUUGACUUGUGCCAACAUCUGGGUCAACCAGGUCAUGGUUUUUAUCACCAGUUUUUUAUUUUUACUGGGUCCCUUCUGUUUGGUUCUGGUCUCCUACAUGCGUAUCAUCUGGGCCAUCCUGAGGAUACAGUCUGGGGAAGGUAGAAAAAAAGCAUUUUCCACUUGCUCCUCCCACCUCUGUGUUGUUGGGUUAUACUUUGGUAGUGGAAUUGCCAUGUACAUGAUCCCCAAUUCUAGUAAUCCCGAGCAGCAGAAGAAAAUCCUUUCCCUAUUUUAUAGCUUCUUCAAUCCUACCCUCAACCCUCUGAUUUACAGCCUGAGAAAUGCAGAAGUGAAAGGAGCCCUGAGGAGAGUUUUGGGUAAAGAGAGACCCAAGUGAGGCACUUUGAGCAAUAUGUAAGUGCACAAGGAGGGGAGGCAAUUGCAUGAAGAUCGUGAGAUGAGAAGUGGAAUCUUUGUCUUCUCUGAUAAGUUAAGAGUUUGGUAAUUGUGAAUGUUUAAUAAAUUCUCUAAAAUAUUGUUUAAAAGUUCAUACUGAAUCUAAUUACUUUCUUAUCAAAAUUUCUGAGCUGAAUACUGGGUGUUGUAUACCUUAUGUCAUUGUCUCUCCUUUUCUCCUUUGUAUUUGCCCCCAGCAUUUUGCAUCACUUUGUUAUAUCAUAUUAUUGCUAUUAUUCCCACCCACCCUCCAUUUUGGUUGUUCUUUCUACCUUGUUUUCCUGUUUCUACCUAUUCCUUUAAUACUUUAUUGUUCCUUUUAUCAGUCUCAUUUCAUGUUCUCCAUAUUCAUCUGAAACCAAGAGGACUUAUUUUUCAUAUCAUAUUCUUUUUUAUGAUUUACCAUUUAUUUUAAUUUUGUUUUGUAUAUAUGACAUAAUAUAAUAUAUAACACAAUGAUAAUAUACAUAUGACUUGCUAUAAAUAUGUAACAAAUUAUAAUAAGUAUUCUUAUCCAAAAGAAACAAAUUCUCAUAUUAACUAUGUCCAAAAAUCAGUCUAAUUCUUUUUUCCUUCUCUUCCACUCCUUUCCCCUCCCUAAAAAGGCAAGUAGUAGGAUUUAGGUUGUACAUUUGUUAUCAUAUAAUACAUAUUUUUCUGUUUGUCAUGUUUUGAAACUUGACACAUUUUGCUUACGUUAGAGAAAAAAAUCCAGAAUGUAUUUUUUAAACCCUUUCCUUCCCUCUUGGAAUCAAUACUGUGUAUUGGCUCCAAGGCAGAAGAGUGGUUAGGGCUAGGCAAUAGGUAUCAAGAGACUUGCCCAGGGUCACACAGCUAAGAAGUGUCUCAGGUCAUAUUUGAACCUAGGACCUCCUAACUCUAGGCCUGGCACU